GAGUAUGAUGGUAAUAAGACCAAGAUUCACCAAACCACAUGUUCAUCUUCUCAUACCCUUUCCUUCCAUCGUCCCCUCAUCAGUUAUCCAGUUCCCUGAUCCCAAGUAACAGCAGCAACAAACAGAGCAAUGGCAGAGGGAGAGGAUACGUCUUUCUGCUCUCCCAGCGCCGGCGGCGGCCUCCGUCUCCGUGUCCUCGACACCGCUGUCGUCACACCCGCAGCACCCCCGCUGCCUCCCUGCUCCCUCCCGCUCACCUACCUCGACAUGCAGUGGAUCCAUUCCCCGCCCGUGGAGCGCGUCUUCUUCUUCCAGUCCAGCCCCGACACCGGCCUCAUCUCCAGACUCAAGGACUCCCUCUCCACGGCUCUCCGCCUCUUCUUCCCUCUCGCCGGCCGCCUCCGCAUCGCCACGGGCACGGCCACCACCGCCCGCCACCACAUCCUGUACCAGCCCGGGGACGGCGUCGCCUUCACGCUCGCCGAGUACGACGCCGACCUCAGCGACCUCGCGUCCGACCACCGCCCUAGGAAGGUCAGCGAGCUCGCCCAUCUCGUCCCGCCCCUGCAGCCCACAGAAGGUGGCGCGGCGCUUCUCGCUGUGCAGGCCACCGUCCUGCUGCGCAGCGACCGCCCAGGCCUCGCGCUCGGCGUCACCGUGCACCACGCCGCCUGCGACGGCGCGGGCUCCACCAGCUUCCUCCACGCCUGGGCGGCCGCCUGCGCCGGACCCGGAGCGGACGACGAGUCCUUCGUCUUCCGGCAGCCUCCUGUCAUCGACCGGACGCUCAUCGCGGAGCCCCAAGGCCUCUACGACCACUACGCCAGAAACUUGCUGAGCACCGACGAGAUAGAGUUCGUCAAGAUGUCCCCCGACCAGGUCCUCGCCACAUUCACACUUUCCAUCGAGCACCUGCAGGGCGUCAAGGACGCGGUCGCCGGUGAGGCCGUGCGGCGUGGACAGACGCCGCCGCCGGGGUGCUCCACGCUGGUCGCCGCCUUGGGCUUCAUCUGGUCCUGCUACUGCCGAGCCCAAGCCACAGAUAGCGCCGGCGGUGGCAUAGAACCAGCCUACUUCAUCGUCCCCGUCGAUCACCGGAAGUGGAUGAAGCCGCCUGUCCCAGCGGCCUACUUCGGCAACUGCAUCGGCCCGGGCAUCGGCGCCGCGCCCAAGAAGGAACUCGCCUCGGGCGGUGCGGGAGGGUUACUGGCGGCUUGCGCGGCGAUCGCGGCGGGCGUCGAGAAAGCGGUGGCGUCGCCGGAGUGGGAAACGCUGGUGGAGCGGAUCAAAGAGGUGGGAGCGCGCGGCGUGCUGUCUGUGGCAGGGUCGCCGAGGUUCCGCGUGUACGACGUCGACUUUGGGUUCGGCCGGCCGGCGAAGGUGGAGAUCGUGUCCGUGGCGAGGACUGGGGCCAUGGCGGUGGCGGAGGGACGCAGCUGCGUGGGCAUGGAGGUGGGCAUUUCCUUGCCGCCGGCCGGCAUGGAGGCGUUCCAGAGGUGCUUCGCCGAUGCCAUCGCGUGGCUUUCAUCGUCGUCACACUAACCUCCUGCCCCAUUUCUCUCUGUAGCUUAUUGUCAACAAUAAUUUCCUUGUCCUAUCAAUAAAGAAAGGGACGGCCUAGCAAUCAGUCGACUGAGAACAAAGUUUUUUCCGUCGAUGUAUUAGGUAGCUCCCUCUAGCUAUUUCUAGGCUCCAA